AUGCCGGACGACCAUCUGUCUCGUCCUUCUGGGCCUGCCUUCGAUAAGAUCGAAAACUUCAACUUCUUGCUGUCGCGCACCGAUCCGGGAGCCAAGGCGGCCCGGCAUUACUCCUUCGACGCGGACACUGGGCUGGUCCCGUUCGCCAACGUGAACAUGGAUUACGAUCAAACUGAGGGCAUGGGCGGCUUGUCCGUCAGCUCCUACGACAGCAUCGAAGACGAACGCAGCUCUCUCGAUCUCCGCGGAUAUCCCUAUGGCCCUGCUGGCGACAAGUCUAUCAACUACUCUAUCCCCGAUCACAUCAUGCCGUACUCGGCCCACUCAAUCUAUCCGCCGGUCCCGUUUACUCCUGAUGAGCUGGGCCAUGGGCCGGGGCAGAUGACCCCGUCGGAUGUCUCCUCGUCCAUCUCCCCGCCCAAUGGCCAGAUGGGCAACACCAAGUACAGCACCUCCAUCCCCGGGGACCACAUUGCGGCCGCCCUGGGUCAGGAAGAAGGGGUGCGCGUGGCCGCCGAAGAAGAUCGCCGGCGCCGCAACACCGCCGCCUCGGCCCGCUUUCGCAUGAAGAAGAAGCAGCGCGAGCAGGCUCUCGAGCGGACUGUGCGUGAGACCACUGAGAAGAAUGCCUCCCUCGAAGCCCGGGUGGCACAGCUCGAGAUGGAAAACCGGUGGUUGAAGAACCUGCUCACCGAGAAACAUGAGGCCACCUCCUCCCGCAUGCCGCCGCCUCCUCAAGAUGGUACUGCACUCGAAUCAAAGUCGGGCACCACGCGUUCCGGCCAAAAACAUAUUCAACCCAAAAAGAAGGGCGUGGGUACUGACGAGUAA